AUGGCUUCGGUAAAAGUGGCUGUAAGGGUUCGCCCGUUCAAUCAAAGAGAGAAGGACAUGAACGCCAAACUUAUUGUGCAAAUGGAUGGCAAGAAGACAAGACUACUCACUGUAAAAAAUAGCAAAGAGCAAAACGAUGGCAGCCGAGAGAAGUACAAGGAUUUCACAUUCGACCAUUCCUACUGGUCCUUUGAUCAUGGGGACAGCCACUACGCUUCUCAAGAACAGGUGUUCUCGGAUUUGGGUGUGGACGUGAUUGACAGCGCUUUCGAGGGCUACAAUGCUUGUGUGUUCGCUUAUGGGCAGACAGGCAGCGGGAAGACCUUCACCAUGAUGGGCUCCCCGGAGUGCCAAGGUCUGAUCCCGCGCAUCUGCCGGCAGCUGUUCUCCCGCAUGGCUGCCGGCAAGGAGUCAGGCUCCUCUUACCGCACGGAGGUCAGCUACCUGGAGAUCUACAACGAGCGCGUGAAGGACUUGCUCAGUGGUGAUUCUGGCCACUCGCUGAGGGUCAGAGAACAUCCAAAACUGGGACCUUAUGUGCAGGAUUUGUCGCGCCAUUUAGUGUCUGAUUAUGAUGAUAUCCAGGAAUGCAUGCAGCGCGGAAAUCAGCAGCGCACGACGGCGUCUACGCAGAUGAACGACGUGUCGUCCCGCUCACACGCGAUCUUCACGCUCACGUUCGUGCGCGCAGGCUACACGCGCCACAACAACCUGCCCAGCGAGACACUGUCCAAGGUGCACCUCGUCGACCUCGCCGGCAGCGAGCGAGCGGACGCAACGGGCGCGACCGGACAGCGGCUGGUGGAGGGCGCACACAUCAACAAGUCGCUGGUGACGCUCGGCUCCGUCAUCUCCGCGCUCGCAGACUCCAGCCAGCAGGCAGACAAUCGGACGCCUAAGGGCAAAAAGAAUGUGUUCAUCCCGUACCGGGACUCCGUGUUGACGUGGCUCCUCAAGGACUCGUUAGGUGGAAAUUCGAAGACAAUCAUGAUUGCAGCGAUAUCGCCAGCUGAUUGCAACUAUGGCGAGACGCUGUCGACUCUCCGGUACGCGAAUCGUGCGAAGAACAUCAUCAACAAGCCGACCAUCAACGAGGACCCCAACGUCAAGCUCAUCCGAGAACUGCGCGACGAGAUCGACAAGCUGCGCGCACAGAUCGCACACAACACCAAUCCUGUGGAAGCAGAGGCAGGUGUGCUGGCUACGCUUCAGCGCAAGGAGGCACAGGAGAAGGUCCUGACAGAGAAGUGGACAGAGAAAUGGCGCGAAACUCAACAGAUUCUUCAAGAACAGAAAGCGCUCGGACUUCGGAAGAGCGGCCUUGGUGUGGUAUUGGACUCCGAUAUGCCACAUCUUGUGGGCAUCGACGACAACCUGCUGUCGACUGGGGUUACUCUAUAUCAUCUUAAGGAGGGCGAGACGGUGAUCGGCAGCGCGGAGCUGGAGCCGACGCCGGACAUCGUGCUGAGCGGCGCGGGCGUGCUGCCGCUGCACUGCCGCGUGGUGCUGCGCGAGGGCGUGGCCACGCUGCUGCCGGCGCCCGGCGCGCACUGCUGGCUCAACACCGUGCUGCUCGACGCGCCCGCCAAGCUCAGCCAGGGCGAGUGCACCACCAGACUGCACACUACACACCCCUCCUCACCGCACCUCACCUACGUUUAA